UUCCCAGAAGUGUACCGAGUCAUUAGGUUUCCCCGCGAUUUCUUUUCCCUCGGAUAAUUGUUUAAGCGAUUAAUUAGGAAGAGUCUGAUGAACCAUUAACGAUGGAGAUCUUUCACCGUCGGUCUUUUUUCGAGACAGGGUGUAGAGAAGAUUUUUUGGAAUGAAUUCCGGCGACAUUUUGGAAUUUUCCACUCGGGUUCUGACGUUGGAAGAUACUACACUGGCCCGACAUAACGGACACAGCUCCCUAUAGCGCGAAUCUGUAUCGGCAUUGUAAUUAUUAUCCUCAGGCGACGAGUUUUGAUCGCAUGGUCCGUGAUAGAAUUGUGGAAACCGGUAUUAAUUCAGUUCAUCGGAGAACAAUUUCUGGGCGGAGAGAAUCUCAUUAUUUUAGAGUAAUUUUUGGAAUUUACCGGACUGUAAAAGGGGUGAAUCCGCGGCGUUUAUUUUUGUCGAAGCAAGGAUUUCUGAUCCGUGGCUAAUGGAGCACGCUGGCGAGGGUGACGGAGGCGGUGAUCGUCGUGGCACGAGUAGGGGAAGAGGACGCAACUCAUGGACACCUGGUAGUGAGCAUCAGCCGUUAAGACGUCCACAGAUCCCUAACCAAACGGGAUCCGUUCAUCAACUCAACGAAAUGUUCAACACUGCUUCGAUUAAUGAGGUCGUCAAGAAGUCCGGGCUCUCCGUGGAUGCUCCUGAAUUUGUGCCCAAGGGAUUCGUCGUUGCGCAGCAAAAUCAAGGCCAAGUCUGGACGAGACAUUCUGUCCAGGACCGUCUGAAUGCAGCGAGGAGUGGCGGUCAGGGGAUGCCCCAUGCCCAUCAUUAUGGUAGUCAUCAUCAGUAUCCCUACCACGUCCAGCAAAUGCCGUAUCAUCAUCAGUAUGGAGAGUCAGAACAUCCAUCGCAGUCUUACCCACGAUAUGAGAGUGGAUACGGGAAUUACGACAGGAAUCAAGGUCCCUGUCCCACAGACAGUUCCAGAGUAGACCUGCAGGACUCUCUCUCGCACCUUGUGAUGGCAAUGCAAACUCUCACCCGCAAUCCGGAACAAUUUGAUAAUCUAGUCGUGCCACUAGUGUGUAACAUAACUCCCCACUUAACGAACAAAGACAGCACCGACGUAAUAGUGAAUACGAUCAUUCAAGAAUGUGUAAACGACUCAAACUUCCGAUACAGCGGAGCGCGUCUAUGCUCUCAUCUAGACGCCGUUGAUACAUCCUCAAAGGACAAUCCCUCGAUAUUCAGAACAUCUCUGUACAAGCGUUGUCGUGAAGAGAAUGACAAGCAAUCGACAAAUUGGCCAGAAAUUGUCGAGCAUACGCCAGACGAUGAGCGAAAAUGUCACGGUCUGAUGCUGAGUCUUGCUGAAUUGGUUGCCCAAAUGGACUCCCACCCAGCCUCUAUUAUUGGCAAAGUACUGGUGGAUUUGAUCUCAAAUACGUUGAAAAAUCCUGGACCCAAUUCAGCCAAGUACAUCUGUCAAUCGCUCAAGCUGGCUGGCCAAUACUUGGAGCGUGACAGUACGACAAAUCGUCAGGAGAUUGAACGAGUUAUGAAGGGGCUAACUGAUCUUGUUACCAAAGGACAGGUUGAUGUUCAUGUUGGACGAAUGGUCAACAGUGUUCAGGAACUGCGUAAUGUCAACUGGGGUCGUGGUGUCUCUUUCAAUGAUUCAGUGGCUGUUGAUGUGAAUCCUGAAAAUGUUCAGGUAGAAGAGGAGGUCAAUCAAGCAGCUCAACAACUGGACGAACCUGUGCUUUAUGGGCCUGAUGGAAUGGUUCUGUCCGCUGAGGAGCGACGGUUUUGUCAGGAUCUGUCUAGCCAUGACAAUAGGGAGGUAUGGAGGCCCCCACCCGAUAUGUUACAGCAGGAGCAGGACGAGGACGACAGAAUUGCUGAUGCUUAUGAACAAUUCCUACAACUACUUCCGAAUAAAAACGAUAACAGCAAUGUGAACAGGGGGAAAUAGCAAGGUGGUCAAAUAAUUUGGAGCUGGCUUCCUCCAACGUUGACUUUAUGUUUAUUGACGUCAAUAAUUUUUCUGAUUAAGAGGAAGGGGAAUAACUGAAUUUCACUGGGGCAGCUGUUUUUUUGACUGAUGUGAAGCAAAUAAUCGGGAUACGUAUGAUAUUUAAGAAAAGGGAUGCACAUCGUCUGAUAAUUAAAUUGAAUUUCUAUUGGAUAAUGAAUCUAAUAUAAAAUCCUGACUUUGCCUCCGGAUUUUUGUAAUUAAAAUGAUCAGUCGAUUAUAUUAUAACUAUUGAAUCAAAUAAUGAAUUAAUUUUAUAUUUUUCGGGGAAUUCUGAUUUAUAAAUAAAAUGUUUCUACAGAAAAAAGCGAUGAAAUUAUCCUUUUUUUCGUACAAAAAUGUCUCUAUUUAGAAUUUUUUAACAAAAAUCAUUGAUCAAUUAUCGAAACUCAAUAGCAGAAUCUGCAAAAUUCUAUGGAACGAUGGUGGAUCGAAAAAUUGAAGAGGCGAAUGUAGGAGAUAGUUUUAACCGGUUUCUAAAAAAUUAAUCGUCAAAAGAAACUUCCCAGUUGAAUGCUCCUGUUAAUUUCGCCCCUUUCCUGAUGGUCUAAGGAAUGCGCUAUUUAAAAAAUAAGAAAAAUACGAGAAUUUAAUGUCACAUUUUGUCACACUGUGGACACAAGCUGCUUUUCAGCCUCCAAGGCAAUCAUGAAUUCGAAAAUUGAAAAUAAUCAUGGAAAUAAUAGAGAACAUUUUUGCUGUAACGAAAGCAUCACAUUUAGAUUAAGGGAUUUUGUUUUUAUAUUGAUGAAAAAUGAAAUGGUUGUAAGCGGUAUCUAAACAUAGACGUAUCUGAGGCUAAGGCCAAUAUUGCACCUAGUCGGUUCAUAUGUAAUGUAAGUUAACAAGAAUUAAUGGAUUAAAUUUGGGUUUUGAACUUCAAUCGAUUCAAUAUAUUCAAAACCACACCAGCGGCGGUUUCGUGCGAAUUUUAAACUGCAAUCAUGGUAAUUGUAAAUCAAUAAAUUUUCUUUCCGUUUUUAGAAGGCCAAACCUGUGUUUUUCUUAAUCCUGACACACACAAAAACGACUCGAUAGAUUUUUCAUUCGUAACAAUACCUACUCCAUAAAUUAUUUCCUGACGCUGUGGUUUGAGGGCAGGGACAUUCAUAUUUACGCGUUUGAAAACAAAACAAAAAAAUCUUUUGUGAAAACCAUUUGUUUUUUGCUUGGGAUUUUAGAAAAUGUAUUCUUAUAAAAUCACUACAAUGUAUUAUGCAGGUGUAUAAAUAAUAAAUUCAAAUAUUCAAAAUUGGAUAGCUUACCAUUCACAAAAGGACUAUAAAAUUAUUCACAGAAUUAGCAUCACUCCAUAAAUUGUCAAUUAAUCACAUAAGUAAUAUUACUCAGAGGUGCAAAUAAAAAUACUGCUCAAACCUUAUGAUAUGUCUCCAACUUAUCGUCACAAUUCUCGAACGAAUGGACCGUCAAGCAUUGAACACUUCAAUUGUGUAAUAAUAAUGAUGAAUACUUUCAAAUUGUUUCCUAAAAUUAAACACAAUAUCAUGUACAGCUGAAAUUGUCGUCAGUUUUCUUUGGUUUUCCGAUAUUCUCGGCCUCUGUGACAGUGUCCGGUAGUUUAAUCCCCAGAGUCUCUGGGAAAACGAGGGAAACAACUCCAGCAAGGAUUCCCAUGGAGCCGAAGAGGAUUAGAGGAAGAGAUGCAACAAUUGUCGCC